AUGCUAAAAGUACUUAUUCCUACAUUUAUACUAUUCCCAACAAUUUGAUUAACUUCUCCUAAAUGACUAUGGACAACGACAACCGCACACAGCCUCCUAAUUGCCUCCAUUAGCCUAAUAUGAUUUAAAUGGACAUCUGAAACUGGAUGAACUUCCUCCAACACAUACUUAGCCACAGAUCCACUAUCAACCCCCCUUUUAGUACUAACAUGCUGACUACUUCCCCUUAUAAUUUUAGCCAGCCAAAACCACAUUAAUCCGGAGCCAAUUAGCCGACAACGAUUGUAUAUCACGCUCCUGGCCUCACUACAAGCCUUUCUAAUUAUAGCAUUCGGCGCCACAGAAAUUAUUAUAUUUUAUAUUAUAUUUGAAGCUACACUUAUCCCAACCCUUAUCAUUAUUACCCGAUGAGGAAAUCAAACCGAACGGCUCAAUGCAGGAACCUACUUCUUAUUUUACACCCUAGCAGGAUCACUCCCGCUUUUAGUUGCCCUUCUCCUUCUCCAGCAAUCUACGGGCACACUAUCAAUGUUAGUUCUCCAAUAUUCACAACCUCUACAACUCGAUUCUUGAGGCCAUAUAAUCUGAUGAGCUGGCUGCCUAAUCGCAUUUUUAGUUAAAAUACCAUUAUAUGGAGUACACCUUUGGCUACCAAAAGCACAUGUAGAAGCCCCUGUAGCAGGAUCAAUAGUAUUAGCAGCAGUUUUACUAAAACUAGGUGGAUACGGAAUAAUACGAAUAAUAGUGAUAUUAGACCCCCUAUCAAAAGAACUGGCCUACCCAUUUAUUAUUUUAGCCCUAUGAGGCAUUAUUAUAACAGGGUCAAUUUGCCUCCGACAAACAGACCUAAAAUCACUAAUCGCCUACUCAUCCGUAAGUCACAUGGGCCUUGUAGCAGGCGGGAUUUUAAUCCAAACCCCAUGAGGAUUUUCAGGAGCAAUUAUUUUAAUAAUUGCCCACGGAUUAGUCUCCUCAGCACUAUUUUGCUUAGCCAACACAGCUUAUGAACGAACACACAGCCGAACAAUAAUCCUUGCCCGAGGACUACAGAUUAUUUUUCCACUAACCGCAGUAUGAUGAUUCAUUGCCAACCUGGCUAACCUAGCACUCCCACCACUACCCAACCUAAUAGGAGAACUUAUAAUCAUUACAACACUAUUUAACUGAUCCCCAUGAACAAUUCUACUUACAGGUCUAGGAACACUUAUUACAGCUGGCUACUCCCUAUAUAUGUUCCUUAUAUCACAACGAGGCCCUACACCAAAUCACAUUACGGGACUCCAACCAUUUCAUACCCGAGAACACCUACUGAUAACACUACACCUAAUUCCCGUCAUUCUAUUGGUAACAAAACCAGAACUCAUAUGAGGAUGAUGCUACU